ACUGAACGCUACGUCAUCACACUGUGUGUUUCGCCCGCCUGACUUUGUUACUUAAUAAUUAUUAUCUAACUAUAUCGUGGUUAUGGAAAACGGUAUAGUGCAAUGUAGAGACAGCUAACCCGGUUUAAACAGUCUGCUCUUCAGUCGUGUUAAGUGAGCAAUCCUCCUCGAGGGUGAAUGCAUGACCGGAAGUAAACUUUGAUUGAAUAGUUUCAGUAAACAGCGUCAGGAGAAUCUUCAGGUAUCUGGUUAACCUUUACAUUGGAAAGGUUCUGAACGGGGACAGGGACACUCAUAAAGAAAGACCACAAGGCGAUCAUGUCCAAGACCAUUCCUCCCGUUCUCUCUGUUGUCCCCACUCGGGCUCUGGUUGAUGAGACGUUCAAGGUGGUGGUGGAGAAUCUGCCCCCAGCAUCUCCAGUCACACUUCACGCCCUCCUCUACUCGGAGGACAAGGACUACUGGGAGGCUUAUGGACACUACGUCAGUGAUCACAGAGGAACAGUGUCCGUUGCAGAGGAUAUGAGUCUUGGGGGCACCUACACGGGAAAAGAAGCCAUGGGUUUGUUGUGGAGCAUGCGGCCUGAGCCCGGCAGCCGCACGGGUCUCAGGUUGAGAAAGAGGGAAGUCACCAGCCCCAUGCUGGUCCACAUCUCCGUCUACAGUGGACACAUAACCGAGGGCUUCAGGAAGCAGUCUCCUCUGGCCUCCGUGCCCACAGAGAGAUGGUACAUGGCUCCUGGAGUCCAGAGGAUUGAAAUCAAAGAAAAAGGAGUGCGAGGGACUUUCUUCAUACCUCCAGGUCCUGGACCCUUCCCCGGGCUUUUGGAUAUGUGGGGAGGUGGAGGAGGGCUGUUGGAGUAUCGUUCGGCCUUGCUGGCGUCUCAUGGUUAUGCUUCUUUGGCGCUGGAGUACUUCUCCCCCGGUGAGCUGCAGUCAGCAGAUCUACAGAUGCAGUAUUUUGAGACGGCGUUUAAUAUCAUCAAGGACCAUCCUCAAGUGAUCCCCGACAAAGUUGGAAUUUUGGGUCUUUCCCUCGGCACGAUUUUGGCCUUUUAUUUGGCAGCUGAAAGCACAAAGAUUAAGCCUCGCUGUUGUGUGUGCAUCAGCGGCCAUCACUUGGCUUCAAAUAGACUGAUGAUUGAUGGAUCCCUACCGAACGAUCCAAAGAAAACUCGAUUUGAUGAGAACAACUACCGCAUAUGGCGAGAUGUGGUUUUACCGGUUCCCAGUGACCCCUCACAGAAAAUAGAUAUGCGGAAAAUAAAAUGUCCCAUGCUGUUGGUCAACGGAGAUGAUGAUCAGAACAGUCCCACAGUGGAGGCUGCUGAGGAUAUCGCCAACAUGAUGCGUUCUGGAGGGAACCUGCACCUGUUGUCCACGCUGACAUACCCCAACACUGGACAUCUGAUCGAGCCGCCCUACUCACCUCACUUCAGAGCUACCAACUUUAUAAUUCCCACUGCAACAAAAGAGAAAGUGAUAGUUCUGUGGGGAGGACAAUCCAAACCCCAUUCAGACGCUCAGGAGGACUCCUGGAGGAAGAUCUUAUCUUUUCUACAGCAUCAUCUCUGCUCCAGCACGAUCCCCAAAGCCAGGAUGUGAAUGACAACAGAAUCAGGAAACACAGCAAAGUGUGAAAACCUUUUGAAUAAUUAUCUAGGGUUUUGUUUUGGUCAUAUUGUGCCUCUAGUUUCAUAACUUUAUAUCCAUAACUUAUCAUUCCAAACACUCGAGGUGAGUCGACUUGCAAAGGUUAAAUUAAUGUAAGUUGCUGAUGUCAUUAGAAACUGUCAGAAAUUGCACAAGCCCCAUGUCCAGAGGCCUUGUCCUCCAAGUGAGCAGCCUGGGUUCAAAUCCGAUCUGUGGCCUCUUUCCCACAUAUCAUUCCACACUCUCUCUCUCUCUCCCUCCCUGAUUUCCGACUCGGCCCACUGUCCUGUCUUUCUGCUAAAGGCAUAGUUCCACAUUCUGUCUAAAGGUACCUGUACAGAAAACGUUGGUUUUAUAAUAUAUUUGGGACAGAAAGACGAGCCAAAGGUACUUGAGUAAUAAGCUUAAGAUCAAACUGUACAUGUUGCCAGUUAAAACAAAUGCACAACGCACUGAUCGUCCUUAUAAGAGAGAAACAUGGACGGAACAGCGACCUCAAUUGAUUUUUAUUAUUUUCUGUGUUUCAACCCUUCAACAUGAACGAGAAAUGCCAAAGAAACAAAUAAGGAGGUGGUGUUAAAGUCUUUCUAUGUGAUUUUUCACACUUAAAUGUAGAAAUCAAGUCUAUCCUCUGAAAAUAACUCUGUGAGUCAUGACUGUCUACAAUGGGUGUAACACCCGAGUCCCACUGUCUGUGAUGUUUUCAGAGUUUUCAGAGUCCUAUCUUCACUUUGUUUACAUCGCCAGGACGGCCGGCUGACUCCUCCCCUCGAGUAUAAAAGUUGUUUAAUUGAGGGACUAGAGAAAAGAAGAAUAACAUACUGUACUCACUGCUUAACUGUGUUUCUAGAUCACGCUCAUUUCAGGUAAAUUUACAUGCAGUGUGAAGAUACCAGCAUAAUAAAGAUCGCUAGCAUUAGCAUGCUAACACAACAAUGCAGCGCGAGUUGUUUUGGUUUCAUGCUGGUGCUCAAGGGCGACAUCUGCUGGAUCAAAAAAAUCACAGAUAAAGCCUUUAAAGUGGUGUUUAUUAAUCUAUUGAUAGAUAGCAACUCAUUUUUUAACUUCUUUUUUAAUUUGUUAGUUUGCUAAUUCAAUCAGAUUUUGGGUAAUCUGAGUUAAUUUAGACAGUAAUUUACUAAUUUUAGUUAGCAUCAUUAGCGUGCCAACAAAUGUUUUUUUUCUUAUUUUUGUGAUUGUGUCAAACCAGCUGUAAAUCCAUGCAGUCACUGUGACAAAAAUGUUUUGAAUAGUCUGACUUUUUAAAAUAUAUUUAAAUUCUUAUAAGCUGAAGAUAGGGUUAUGGUGGGAAAUGGUAUUUAUAGAAUUAAAGUGUGGGUGAAACUCAAUAAGCUACUUACUCACUCCAACUGUAUUAUGUCAAUUGUAAAUUCUGAUUGUACUUCUUCUAACAUUUAUAUUUUCCUGACGGAUGAUCAUGUCUGUGUACAAGGUGGUGCAAUCACUCUAAAAAAUGUUGGAUUCAUGGGCAUCAAUAAUG